AUGCUUCCCGACGGGGCGGAGAAGGUCAAUGUGACGCGCACGGUCUUCGUUGUGAAUCGACCGCAACCCCCUUUGUACCUGCGCUUUCCCGUCUACCGCUUUGCGCAUGUUUCGGCGAGUACCGGCAGCAGCGACACCCAGGCGGUCUGGGAGCGCCACCCUGGCGAGGAAACCGCGCGGUAUGUGCCUGAAAUUCUCCUUAUCAACGCCACGACGGAGGAGCUGUCGCUGCGGUACAAGGAUACGGAGAUCGAGGCUCCAUGCGCUGUCCCCAUGGAAAACAUAUCGUCUCUGCCGAACAUACCGGCCGACGUCGUGCGCUUCUCAAAGCAGCUAGAGGCGAUGCUGAAGAACGAGGCGACGCUGGACAGGAGUCGCUCGGCAUCCUUUGCGUCUGGCGGCGACACAAAUAUAAUGGAUGUUGGUGCGGCGGCAUCAAGCGGCGCGGGUGGACGCGGUGGUGGCCUUGGCGCUGCCUCUGUAGCAGUGGGCGGCGGUGGCCCCAGUGGCGGUGGCGGGGGCAACAGCAUCGGGGACUACGCGUUUGUCCUUGUCGACUACACAACCGCUGCAGCGGCACGCCAGGAGGGCUACCUAAUGAAGGUGUCGCACUUUGACCGCUUGCUACAGACGCUGACGACUCUUCUCCAGCGCGAAAAAACGGCCGCCGCAGCAGCCGCUUCGGGUGCGGCACGGGCCAAUAAUAGCGGCGCCGCCCCUGCUGCGGCGGCUUCCGAGUCCAUCGUCACGCCACUGACGAAAGCCGGCUCGUUGUGCACCAUGAAUUCUACGAGGAAAGCGCAGCCGGGCAGCACCGCCAACGAUACCUUCAAGGCAACGGACCGCGAUAUCCGACUUCCUUCCAAGCCGGACAUGUAUGGGGGCUGUCAUUCCGGCCUAAGCGGCGAAGGCAGCUCUGUUUCCCCGGAGCCGCGCUUAGCCGGUGGCGACGGCGGCGCUGACACGCAGAGCACCACGAGCUCUAUGGAGCAGUCUGGCCACUUGAUACUGCCAAGAACCGAUCCGACGGUCAGCGACGACGACAGUGACGCAGACUCGGUCGGCGGGGGACAUCAUAUGGAUGCGUUGUCCACUCCUGCCGUCGCUGCGGCGGCCACGCAAAAGGGACGGAAGGGUGCUUCGACUGAAGCAUCGCGACCGGUACUGUUUGGCCUGUGCGCUGUUGUUUCAAAGCGUGACAGCACCGCCCGCCGCGGCGGCAUCACCAAGAGCGUCGCCGUGCUUGGGCCAUCGCUGGUGUGGCUCGAGCCGUUCUUUCCUAUCCUCGUCGCUGCCGCUCAGUACUGCUGUGACGUCAACGGCACCGACGAGAGCGCGCUGCGGGAGCUGCAGCGCAUCCUAAAGCGUUGCUACGACUCGGUGAACAAUGCAGCAGGGAUGGUGGCAGCAGGGUGCGCCAAGGUGGACCAGCUCACGGCAGAGGUCAGCAAGUACUGCACCCUGAGCAGUGGGCAGCAGGCCUACGUCUACUACAACGACGCCCCCUUCGGCAACACCAUCAAGGCCAAACUCCCACUCUCACCCGAGUCGAGCGACAUUGUGUUCACACGAUACAGCCUCGAGAGUCUCAUCGAGGCCCUCGGCCCGUCGUCGCUACAUCUUCUUCUCGGCAUCCUCACAGAGAAGAAGAUCCUCAUCCUCUGUCGCAAAGGCGAGGCGGCCGACGUGUGUGAGGCUGCCCUCUCGCUCGGCAUCAUCGGCAACAUGCUGGACCGCAACUUCAUGGCGCAAAAGGUGUUCCCAUACGUCUCCGUGAGCAGCGUGAAUCACUUCAUGCAGGUGCCAGGCUACAUCGUUGGAACCCUCAACCCCAUCUUCGACAACGUCAACCCGUGGGGCUGGGAUCUGCUGUGCGACCUCGACAACAAAUCCGUCAUCACGGCGGCAGAGCGACUGCAGCGCAAGACGACGGGCCUGUCGUCAUCUGCCGGCGGCAACUGGUCCGCGGCGACAGCUGGCUUGGCGAACGCCGUUGGUGUUGGCGGUGGAAACGACGCUGAGGCACUGCGCAGCUUUCCUGCCCCGCUGCAGCAGCUGUACAAACAGCUGAUGAAAACCAUCUAUCACCUCCGCGCGCUGCGCAUCGGCGCCGUGGAGCGGAACCACCGUCUUCGACUAAUGGUGGAGGACUUUGUCUACACCGUGGUUCUCGUCGGUUACGUCAGCGGGGGCAGUGUGUCGGUGCCGAAUGCGCUCUAUUCAACCUUCGCUCACCGCUCCCUUUCAGCACUGCGGUCGGAGAUGAUGCUGACAUCCAUGACGGACAACAUCCGCACUCACAUUUUGCACCGUGGUGAGAACCCAACCUUGCUACUACACUGCGUGGCUCUGCGCCACUGCGCAUGGGGUGAAACUCCGGUGCAACGGACGCUGCAAGCUCUGCUGGGCCUGCUUAACACCGCGUACGACGUGAAGCUCUUUCUCCGACGCAUGCCGCUGGCGGUUGGAGGGCUAAACGCAGUGAGCAUGCAGCUUACAAGCCCCUCGGCCGAGGCGCGAGCGGCGGCCGCGGCACUGCUGGCGCGUGUGGAGCUGGUGCCGGAGGGAAAGGCUGCAAUUGCUUCCAUGAGCAACUUCUUCGUGAUGAUUUACGAGAAUGGCAUGGCUGGGGCGAGCCGGUGA